GACUAGUGAUGGGUCAUAAGAAACGCACCCACGGAUCGGAAUCGCUUCCAAGCCUUGCUACUCCGGCUCCGACUGCUCCAGACGGUUCCAGACGGCUCCGACCGGUUCCGGCUGCCGACUAGCGGCUCCGAACGGCUCCGGUUGGCUCCGAGUUCGGAAUUUUGCACCUACCUUCCGGAACCGCUACCGAUUUUGACGGAGUCAUUCGGAAGCGAUUCCGGAUUUUUGUUCAAUUUACCCAUCACUACCGCAGACCGUCAAAGAAUGAAAACAAACAGUCCAAACAACGAGGAUGGCUCUUUCGGCGUGGAGCAAAUAUUCGGCACUGAACAAAAUUACCACCAAUAUUCUGCGAAACUUUUCGCUCUCCUCCGUUAAUCAGCUAAAAGAAAUCAAAGAGGUUACCGCUAACGAUACGCUCGUGAUCAAAGGAGAGUAUGUUCCGUCGCCCCGGCAAGACACACUGAUUCCGCAGCUGCUUGAGGCGCGCCAGAAGGGCGAACGGUUCUGUCCACAGUGCACGCUCGGGCUCGAGAUUAAGCACACGGAUGUGCUCAUCCUCAGUCAGUACGUGCGCUCCGAUGGAUGCAUGUUGCCGCGCCGCAUUACGGGAUUAUGUAAGCGACAGCAGCAGCGCAUGGGCGCGCUGGUAACGAUGGCACAGAAGGCCGGCCUGAUGCCGAACCUGAAUCCGGGGACCAGCAAGCGUGAUCCCAAGCAGCGCUACCAAUGGAAAAAGUACAACAAGUAUUUCGAUGAGCAAACGAUUAAAUGUUAAUCCCGCUUUCCCCGCCCUGAACGAAGGAUAAAGCGUAGCGCAUUUUUUUGAAACACUCUAA